AUGGGAGAUGCGGGACUGUCACCCACGGCUUGGGAUUCCCCAGAGCAGCAAGAACCGGAACCAGACCCGGAGCUAGAGCCAGAGUCAGAUGCAUAUUCUGACCUAGACGGACGUCCAUACAGUUAUAGGCAGUGCGUAGAUGCCCUAGAGGCUGAAGGCGUACCGAUGGACCUUUCCUCCGACACUGCUCGAUGGUGCGUCGUUCGAGGAAUACGAACUUCCUACGAGUAUGCAACCAGCCCAGAAGUGACCCGGAUAUGCAAAGAUAUGGACAUACCCCAGUUUGCCCGCGCUCGUAAUGCACGGCUCAUUAUGAGCAACGUUAUCCCUGAAGAAAUGGAGGAUGCACAGGUCCAGCCAUACUGCAUAUGGAUUCCGGGUUUUGCUUCUGCAGAGACCUAUCGCGAGCUUGUAUAUAGGUAUCCUGCCAUGUUAUACCAGGUUGGCCGGGCUUGCGGCGCCGCUGGAUAUGUUGACUUAUACAAGGAGCUCGUUAAGGAAUUUAAACUGCUCCCUGAAGUGUCUAUCGCCGAGGAGGCACGGGAGGGUGGAACUGACGGUGGCCGUGAGAUCUACCGUUUAAUCUUGGAGUCGCCUAUCAAAUAUGCUGUGAUGGACGACAACACUCGCGGUAUCAAUGUUGAUAAUCCUCGUUAUCCAGCUUAUCUAAACGGAGAUACUGCUGUCCGCUGGAAGGUAGAGCCUCGUGAAUAUCUGCUUGAGGACGGAGAGUAUGAUCAAAGCGACAAAGAUAUCGAAGAAGAUAACGGGCUCGCUGUUGCAAGCGAGUACUUGGACGAUAAAUACAGGGGUCUGUCCGCCGAUGAAGCCAAAUGGCUCUAUCAGCCCCUUCCACCUGAUAUUCCAACGGUAAAAAAAGAACUCCUGAGAGAAAUGGCAGCAUACGAGGGUAAUAUAGAUCGAUAUUACCGACUAAUGGACUCCGAGGAAAUGGAAUACACGGAAUUACAUUGCGUUACCCGCGGCAUUUACCAUAAUUCCAUGUUUGCACGGUGGUGGAUGGACCAGCUUGAGACGAACGCAAGUCGCAUCCCCAAGGGUGAAGAAUGGAGAAUACGAUCAGCCAUCAAUGCCCGCCGGAUCAUGAUAAACGAUAUCGCUGGCUUCCACGAUGAAAUAGAAGGCAAACCAUAUCUCAUCUGGUGGCCUCUCAGGCCUCAUCCACGAUGCCUCCAGGCCCUCGCCAAGAAGUGUCCAUCAAUGCAAGAGCAAAUUGCAAUAGCAUGCAUAUUCUGCGAUUACGAGGAUGUCUAUAAAUCCAUCAACCCCGUUCCGCACUGGCGUAUUCGCCUUGCCGCUACAAAGAGUGUGAACUCUUUUUAUCUCGCUGACGUGGAUAAACGAGCAUCGGAACAAGGCGUCGACGUCACGGAACGUCGUGGCGAAAGGGAUGGUAAAAAGGACAAUUUGAGUAGUGAUCUCGAACCCACUUCGCUAUGGGUAACAUCGUCUAUCAAGAGUAAUGCAAUGGUUAACCGGCAACCAGAUUUCAAUCCAUACUUUGGGAGUAGGGUUUACACAGGAAUAAUUGAAAGAUAUGUGUUCAAGUCACCGGAGGUUCUUCAAAAAUUUCGACCGCGACGCUAUCGAACUAUUGAAGACUAUGCGGAUCUAUUGAUGGAUUAG